AUGGCCUCUACGUCUGACUCCAACACUCCCAUCGGUGCGAGGCCUACUCUGAUAUCCUUACCGAGCGAGAUCACCAUUCAAGUCAUCUGUCGACUGCCCAGAUUGGCCGACGUCCUCGCUCUUUCAGCAACGUGUAAGCAUCUCCGAGAUAUCUGGUCGUCGAAUGUCACUCAAAUCUACGACUGCCUUGCAUCAAAAAGCAUUCCUUGUCUUCAGCAUGCCCGUAGCUUCUAUGCUGAUCAAGAAGGAUUGGCCGUGGAUGAUGCAAUGUCUACCACGGGAGUUGCUCGCAUGAUGAGGAAUGCUCGGAUUGUUGAGAAAGCCAUCGUUCAGUUCGAAAGAGAGAUUGUGAGUCGAGUCAAGACCGACGGGAUAUCAGCCGAUGAGCUCGAACAGUGCUAUGGCGUAGGAGCACGCGGACAUCCCCCUACCAUGACUCCCACUGAGCGCGGACGCUUUGUUCAGAGUUACUACACGUUGUGGGGGUUGAUGAUUUUCGAUACUUCCAGAUGGACGCCAAGACUCGAAGUCAUGACAUCCCAAGAGCUCUACUACCUGCAUGAGAUGACCAAGUUGACGCAAAACAUCGGUGGAGGAGAGAGUGUCCCGGCACCCCUGUUCCCAGACCAGCCGCCCGACUCUGUUCACGCGAUAGACAGCGGGAGAUCAGGAGAAAGAGAAAUUCUCGAAUACGCAGUCUGGCAUCAAAUUGAUCACAUUUCUCAGCGCAUCUUCGGCGAGAAAGCCAUACAUGCUGACAUCUACGCUAAACAUGAGGGUUUUAUGGGGUUUGUAGUAAUCUGGGACCACUGGCAAAUUUCUUUGAAGGAUGCUGUCUUGCAUUUGUCGAGGAUUAAGGAGAGACCUAAUACAGAGGCUGUGAAGCGUUAUCUUUGGAACGAUGAUUAUGGGACAUCGGUGGAGACUGGAUGA